AUGUUUUUUUUUCUCACUUCUUCCUCUACGUUCAACUUCAUCUAUGUUAGAGAUGAACUCCAAGACAUAGGUAAGAUAGACGAGAUUUUAAAGCGAGAAUUCUUUUUCAUUAUCUUUCUUUCUUUCUUUCUUCUCCCUUCAUUUCUUUCUCACGUUGUUGCUUCCCUUCUUUCUUUUCUUUCUUUGCUUCUUUCUUUCUUCUGUCUCCCUUUCUUUCUUGUCGUCUUUUCUUUCUCUCUCCCUUUCUUUCUGCCCUUCUUUUUGAUUUUCUUUCUUUUUCCCUUCUUUCUGCUUUUCUUUCUUUCUUUUUUAUACUCUUCCUUCCUUCUUCCCAUUUUUCUUUUUCUUUCUUUAUUUCUUUCUUUCUUUCUCUCUUUCUUUCUUUUUCCAUUCUUUCUUUCUUUCUUUCAUCCUUUCUCUUUUCCUUUCUUUCUUUCCUUCUUUCUUCUUUCUUUCUUUCUUUCUUUCUUCUUUUUCCCCUUUUUCUGCUUUUCUUUCUUUCUUUAUUCUCUCUUCUUUUCUUUUCUUCCUUUCUUUUUUUCUUCUUUCUUUCUUUCUUAUUUUCUUUUUUUGUUUAUUUUUUGUUUCUUCUCUCUUCCUUUCUUUUUCCCUUUCUGUCUUUGUUUGUUCGUUUCUUUCUUUCUUUCUUUCUUUCUUUCUCACUCACUCUUUUCAUUUUCCUUCUUCCUCUUCUCCCCAUUUCCUUAUAUCUACAGAAAUGCUCCUUGUCUCUUUCUUCUCAUUCUUUCACUUCCCUUUUCUUCUUAUCUUUCCUCUAGUCUGUCUCUUUGUACUUCAUGUCUCUCUUUUUCGAACCAACCCGCCUAUUUUUCUUCUCUUUCUUUUUCUCUCCUUUUAUUUCAUCCCUCGAGAAUAACUGCGUAG